AUGAGCUACGACCGCGCCAUCACCGUUUUCUCGCCCGACGGCCACCUUUUCCAAGUGGAGUACGCUCAGGAGGCCGUGAAGAAGGGCUCGACUGCGGUCGGUGUUCGAGGAAAAGACAUUGUUGUUCUUGGUGUGGAGAAGAAGUCAGUGGCCAAACUGCAGGAUGAAAGGACAGUGCGGAAGAUCUGUGCUCUGGAUGAUAAUGUCUGCAUGGCGUUCGCCGGCCUUACUGCUGAUGCAAGAAUAGUCAUCAACAGGGCCCGGGUGGAAUGCCAGAGCCACCGACUGACCGUGGAGGACCCGGUCACCGUGGAGUACAUCACCCGUUAUAUCGCCAGUCUGAAGCAGCGCUACACGCAGAGCAACGGGCGCCGGCCAUUUGGCAUCUCUGCCCUCAUUGUGGGUUUUGACUUUGAUGGCACCCCCCGACUCUAUCAGACUGACCCCUCGGGCACAUACCAUGCCUGGAAGGCCAAUGCUAUAGGCCGGGGUGCCAAGUCAGUGCGUGAAUUCCUGGAGAAGAAUUACACUGAUGAAGCCAUUGAAACAGAUGAUCUGACUAUUAAGCUGGUUAUCAAGGCCCUUCUGGAAGUGGUUCAGUCAGGUGGCAAAAACAUAGAGCUGGCUGUCAUGAGGCGAGAUCAACCCCUCAAGAUUUUAAAUCCUGAAGAGAUUGAGAAAUAUGUUGCUGAGAUUGAAAAAGAAAAAGAAGAAAAUGAAAAGAAGAAACAAAAGAAAGCAUCAUGA